GAUCACAGGUGGCAACCGACCCAGAGAUGGCCAAAUCACCCUGCCCAACGAGUCCGCCACCGAACAAGCCCUCGCCCCCGCUGAUGACGAACAACAACGACGAAGACGAAGACGAAGUAACCUGCGACAUACGCCCACAACUCGACCUCACCCUUCGACAAGCACAGUGGGACGUCCCUUCCCGGAACGCUCCGAGCCCCGCUUCCGGUGCCAGAUCUCCGGGACCCUUCGCCUCCGCGCCACGCCACCCCUCCCUCAGCACGGUCACAUCCCUCAGUACGGUCACCAACUCGUCUCCAUGGCUGGCUGCCAAAAGCGUCAGUCUCACUAAUACAGUCUCCACUCAAGACCUCAACGAAAGCAUCCAGAGCCUGCGAGACAUCCGCAACGCCCUCCAAGCUGAGCGUGACGAGACGCUCGCGCGCCUCCAGGCCCUCAACGUUAGGGUGGCCGCAGCUGAGGUCAAGAUCUCACAACAGCUUGAACUUUAUCAAAAACUGCAGCAGCCUUCUCAUGGAUCUAACCAGAACUCGAACACAUUGCUGUCGCCGCCGCAGAGUCCGGCUGAAUCCAAAAGGCAAGGUGGGGCGGAUGACUCGAUGGACGUGGACGGGAAGCUGGGUGAAGAGGUGGAUCAGCUCGCGUUGGACGAGGAGCCUAGUGUAAGCAUGCGUCAUCCUAGCUCUGACCGCAAGCCAGACAUGGACGAAGACAAGACCCGAGACCGAGUACCAGAGCUGCCACGGCUCCACGUCAGCAAGUCGCCUUCCCAGCCACCGGAGACGAACGGCAACAUGCUCCAUGGCCCUGUACAGUUCCUCCACGUCUCUCACCUUCGCGGUCAAUAUGCAACGUCGCACGACGACUGCCGUCACCACGCCUCGUCGCUCACCGUCGCCCAACCCAACAGCAAGCCACAGCCGGGGCACCAGAGUCCUCUCGACCUUCUUGCGAGUGCUGCCGCGAAUAAAUUCAACAACCUCGCCGAUACCCAGAAGGCACGCGCCACACACUCGCCGCAGCCGACAUGGACGACCCGCCCGUCUCUGUCCGCGCCUGCACGCGUCCCCCAGGACCACUCCGACCACGACUCGCACCUGUCGUCGACGUCUACGACGACGGCACACAUGAGGGCCAGCCUUUUCGGCGAGGAGGAAGAGGAAGAAGAGGAAGAAGAGGACGAAGCCCCCGAGUACGAGGCCCAGUCCGAGGACGACCAGCCUCUGUCGCGGAAACGUGGCGCGCCGCUGCGACGCCGCGUCUCGGGCGCGCAGAAGGGCGCGAUCGCGCAGCAGUACACGUUCAUCGAGAGCGGCACGGCGCCGGGGCCGCACCGGCGCAAGCCCCAGAACAAGCGGCACUCGCGCGGCGGGCGCAUCGUCUGCGAGUUCUCGUCGGGGAACGGCGUGCCCAAGUGCGGGCAGCGCUUCACGCGGCAGGCGGACAUGGUGCGCCACCGGGAGAACAUCCACGGCGCGCACGACGGCAAGUAUCGCUGCCCAGUGUGCGCCAAGAGCCUCUCGCGCGCGGACGCCGUCAAGCGGCACGUCCUGCACAGCGACGACGCGAACCACAUCGAGUUCCAGAAGCGGUACAGCAAGGAGAUCGACGGCGGCGGCGACUGGUGGCAGGCCCUCGCGCCGCUGUGGAGAAAAUCGAUUAGCAAAGUAUGACAAAAAAGGGGUGUAUGCUUCAAGUAUGGUUUUACUCGUUAUAUCUGGCCAGGCCUUAUGCACGCGGGCUCUUGUCGUCUCCCUUGCACAUGUGAAUACCUUCGAAUUUUCAUGCAAUCUAAUUCCUGGACGCUCUGCUUUCUUGGUUCGAGACAAAAGAGGGCGGCAUGCGCCACAGGUUGCCGCAG